AGCCACGUCUGCAGCGGGGAGGGAGCUCGGCUUCCCUGCACAACACCCUCAUGAGAAACAGCAUCUUUCAGCUAAUGAUCAACACUCUGGAUCCGCUGGCUGAAGAACUUGGAGCAUAUGGAAAACUAAAAUAUUAUGACUCAAUGACAGAAGAAGGUAAAUUUCGUCACAGAGCUUCAAUACUUCACAAACUGGCCAAAAACAAAUGUAAUGUAGAUGACGGUGAGAAACCCAAUAGCACUCAUAAUCACACAGACAAAGUAGAGCUGCCAAAUACCGCAAACGUAGCAGUUGAAGUGACACCACCAAAGGAUCUUUCCCCACCAGUGCAGAACGGAAGCUUGCCCAAUGGAGCAGAGGUUGCAAUCGGCCAGGCUGAAGUUACCACACAGAAUGACUAUGAGGACCAGCCACUUACCUUGGCCUGGCCAGAUACAGCACGCAAACGGAUUAUCUAUCUAGUAAUACUGCCUAUUAUUUUCGUAUUGUGGAUUAGCUUGCCUGAUGUCAGGAAGAAGAGGAUGCAGAAAUAUUUUGCCUUUUCUUUCUUGGGAUCAAUCGGCUGGAUUGGUGGAUUUUCCUACUUGAUGGUCUGGUGGGCUCACCAGGUUGGGGAGACUAUUGGGAUCACCGAAGAGAUUAUGGGAUUGACAAUCUUAGCAGCAGGCACUUCGAUUCCUGACCUAAUCACAAGUGUAAUCGUUGCACGGAAGGGACUUGGUGAUAUGGCAGUGUCCAGCUCAGUUGGAAGCAAUAUAUUUGACAUUACGGUUGGGUUGCCUCUGCCAUGGCUCCUGAAAGCUUUUUCCAACAACUUAAGCCCUAUCAUAGUCCGCAGUAAUGGCCUAUUCUGCGCUAUCGUCCUACUGUUCAUUAUGCUCAUCUUCGUCAUCCUUUCAAUUGGAGCCUGCAGAUGGAAAAUGAACAAAAUUCUCGGUUUAAUAAUGUUUAUACUAUACAUUUUGUUUCUGAUUGCCAGUGUUCUAUUGGAAGAGAAAGUCAUCCGCUGCCCUGGUACGGUGUGAGCUUUGCGAUUGUACGCUUUUUCUCACUUUGAGGUAAAGAUGGGAAAAUAAGAACUCAUCCUGCUUGCUGCAGCUCUGUUUUUUUUCCCCAGAUUGACUCAGCCAGCACAUGCAAUUUAAUGGUGAAUGAGAAAGUAAUACUAAACAAUAACAACUGGUUUUUUUUCUUGAUUGGUUGACUUUUUGAACUCAUUUCAAGCAAAUUAAUAAAGUUGAUGUUUGUGUCUUGGAGGGAUGUACACUUUCUGGGAUUUCACGGGAUUACUCCGAUAUCUGUUGAAAGACCACUGCCCAAGUUGGUUAAAGACCCCUUUAGAAGGUUCAUUUCAAUGUUCUUUUUUGUUGCUAGAUGAUACUUCAGUGGCAAACUUUUUCUGCCAGAUUUUCAGAUAUUGACAUAAUAUCACAUUAUAUUUCAAAAUGACUGGUGUGAAGUAAUUUAUUUUUAAAGAUAAAAUGGUGCAUUAAACUGAUUUUGAGGGCAUCUUCUUGGUUUGGGAAUGGGGUAAUAACAUUUAGCCAGUUAGCCAAAACUUGCCUGUUCUUCAGGUACCACAAAUCAGAUUAGUGCUGGAGUUGUAAUGUUUAGUACAGUUAUAUCUGUUAGUAUUAGAUUGUAUUUUUUUGCACAUCUAUUAAAUCAUUAUACAAUUUUAUGUUUUAAUUAUUAACAUAUUUUUUUUUUCUGCUUAGCACAGCAAUUUUAAUCAUCAGUACAAUUCAUGAAUAAAACAAUUAAGCUGCUAUAGAUUGAAAGUAUCAAAAACAGGUGUGAGUGGCAAGAUUAAGGUUACAGAGCUAUUAAUCUUUUGCUAAGGUCAUAGCUAUUUAUCUAUUGUAUACAACAUUAUUGCUUCACUGCCUAGCACAGAACAAAAUCUGUCACUGACAUUCUGCCACAUUGUGGAAUCAACACCUUAGGGCCUAUAGAUUAUUUCUGCACUUUACUUAGUCAAUUACAGAUAAACAUUGGUGUAUGCUUUCUUUUCACACUUUUUUUCAAGACCAUAAUAUAUUUCCAAAGUAAACCUGAUCUGUAACAGGUUAAAAUAGUAUUUUGUUGAUUUCCAGUUGAUACUGUUAACUUUAUUCUUGAAUGUAACUUUUUUCAGGAGUCUACAUUCCUCUGUACUUUUGAUUAGAUUACAUAUACACCCUCAAAAUGCAAGUGCGGUAAUGAAUUGGGUUGCUAAUCCAUUCAAAAAGAAUUAAGAAUGUAUAACACUUUUGCACAAACCACACUAGUUUUCCUCUCACAAGAUAAACUUUGUGCAGUAUUUACAGGGAAAUUCUAACACAGGCAUAAGGUGUGGCAUGCAAGUCCACAUUGUGCUCUCUUGACAUUACUUCUAAUAUAAGUCUUUACUCUCCAUGCUACUGUUACAAGCUUUAUGUUAUUUGAUCAAUACACCAGAUUCAGUGAAUUGGGAGAUAUUAUAAAAGUGUGUUUUUAAUUAAAUAAAUAUAUAAAUAUAGAUACAUACAUAUAUAUAUAUAUAAUAUGUAAACUAGGGCUUUAUAAUGUUAAUGUUCAGCUGAUAUUCAAAUAGCUAGGAUUCAAUGGGUUCAUUUACAGCUGUCAAUAAAAAUUAAAACAGCAAUAACCUCACCUUGAAGUCCAUUUUGGGCUGAUGAUGGCCAUAAUGUAUGUAAUGAAAUGAUUUAGGAUUAUUGUCAAUCUCGGGACAACAUGUGCAAUGUGAUGUUUAUGUGAUGUUCUUGCAAGCAUUAUGUGUUUGAAGUGCAAAAGAAGCUGUGUGUACUUAUCAAAAACAUUUAUCAAGUCAAUGAUUGGUUUUACAUGAUGAACGUAGGGAUCUGAAACAUAAGAGACAAAACAAAUAUGCACUCACCUUUCCAUUGAUUAUAUUUUUCAAUCUCUAACUUUAACUCUUAAUACAAUAGGUUCUGAUACAUAUUUCAAAUUACAAUGACUCAUGCUCUCUUUUGUCCUGUCAUUGGUAUUAACUGCCAGCAAUAUGAUAAAAUUAGGAUUCAGCUAUGGCACUAUUUUUCAAUAUCUUUGCUAUUAAAAAUCAUUAUAAAAAAACAUUUUCACAAGGUAAUUUCACUAAAAUUUAUUGUUGAGUAAAGUGCUUCAAUAUUUUCACCUCAAAAUGCAAAAUGGGAUCAAAUUAAUCAAUCUAAUUUGAUAGAAUAAUGUCUUUAAAUUAUCUGCUGUGAUUAGGAGCAUGUAUUUUGGACAUGAAUACCAGUUCUACAACUUUUGUCUUUAUUUUUUUACGUACUUGUCCUUCCACUAUGUUCUAAUUAACUUUGCUGAGUUCAUCUUUGGGUGUAAUAAUGCAUACAAAAUAUUGUGGUGCCCUCCCUAAAUUUUCUUAUCGUAAAGACAUCUCCACAUCACACCAGUGAUCACAAUCCCAUGCUGUUAAAUCUAGAUUACACUUUCUAGUAGCUCCUCUUUAGUUGCACUGUAGUGGAAAGAGCUUUUGUUUGUGCUGUAAGAAAGCAAGGGCAGCAAUUUCUUCAGACUUGUUGGGGGUCAUAGGGUAUGCAUUUCAACCAAGCUCAAUUAGAUUUGAAUCUCAGUCCUGUAAAGGCAGCUAAUCUACUUUUAAAACAAGAAAUAAUGUUAUUCAUUUGUCCAAUAAGCAAUGGUAAAUUCCAAGGUUCUGAAGAGUGGGAAUGGGCAGAAGACAAUCUUAAUCUGCCCCCAGACAAGAAAUUACAAUAUUUAAAUGUUUAUAUCAGAAACAUUUGCCAUCAAUAAAAUAAAAAUCCUAGUUAGAACUGAUCUGGCUUUUCACAAUAAUCAGUAAAUGGGGAACGGCUCUCUUUAUUUGCAUAUUCAGGAAUAACGUGUGUGAUAGGCGGGUGCAGUGGAUGCUUAAAAACAAAGUUCUGUCUAAAUGUACCUCAAAUUGAGCCCCCGCUGUAGCACUGUGACAAAUGUAAUACCUCUUAAAAUUGGUGCAUUGCAGGCUAACUUCUUCCUUAAGAUAAUGCAUGGGAGCUGCUAUCACUUAAUCGCUUGAGCCUUUCAUUACGUAGAGUUUUAACGUGAUUAAAUUUUUAAAGGAUUUUAAAUUAUUCAAAAGAUUAAUGAUUAUCUUAAUAAUAGCUAAAGGAAGUUUGGAUCAAAUUAUAUGGUGCAUGCAUAAUUUUUUUCUAAUAUAUCUCUUCCUCACUGAACAUCACCAACGCUAUCCCACCUCCACAUUUAAAGCCUCCAAUCCAGUCAUUAUUUAUUCCAAUCUCCGUGGAAAUCUGUGACCAUAGGAAUAGGCAGAGAUGUUGAUGUAACUACCAUUUAAAUGCAGUAUGAAACUAGUUAAUAUGAGACUGGAGAAAUGGCUCAACCACUGUUCUAUGCACCAGGCUACUGUCUAAUAAGCCCAAGAUUGGAAACUCAUCAGUAUAAUGAUCAUGGGAGCAAAUUUGCUUCUGACUCUAUAUAGUUCAACUGCACGGUCCAUUCUUAAAAUUAGUAAUUACUUCAGAAACUUGUAGGCACAAAAAUCAGUUACUGAAAGUUACAAUACAUGAAUAAGAAACAAUGUACUCCUGGUCAAACUUAAAUUAGGUUAAUAUUUUAAUACCUCUACAGUUGAGGACAAUCUCCAAUAAUAUUAUUGCAACUGUUGUUUGCAGAAGCCCUCAUUCGUUAUAAACAAGAUGCACUCAGUCUGAGUUAAUGGAUAAUGGUCAGCAUAAUCGUGAAGUCCAAAAUAUUUUUAAUCGCUAUGAUUGUGCAGCUUAAUAAAUGUUAGAAUAACUUAUUGCAACAUUGUGAUAAUGUCCUCCUUUACAUCAGCAAAUAACAUAAACUACUAUGUUAAAGACGAGUUUGGCCUUGGUUCAGUGAAUUACCGAUUCUUAUAAAAAUUGCAUUUCUUAGGUUGACAAUACUCAAUUAUUUGUUUUAUUGACAGCAGUAAAUUAACAGAACAGGAAUAAACAUAGCAAUGACAUAAUUACUUCAAUUCACUAAUUACUUACACCAACCCACAGUGAGUUUGGACAGAGCAGUAAUUAUUAUAUAAGCUACUUGUUAAUGAUUCUGGAUAAAUCAACCUCUCCCACUGACCACUCACUUGUAUUUCUGAAUGUACUGCAUGAAAAUUAAAUGGUGACUUUUAACUAAACCAUUUCUGCACAGAAUGAUGUUUCUAAGCAAAGAAUAUGCGAUGCAAAUUUAAUCUAACGAACGGUUAAAUAUAUAAUGUCUGGAUUUAUUAUACGUUCCAGGGCAUCAGUGGGUACUGUCUGAGUUGUAGAAGAUCUAAAUUCAGUGGGUAGACAUACCUCAGAUCUUGCCAUGCUUCAAUAGAAUAACCAUUAGAAUUUGCAUUAUGCGUGGCUGCUAGGUAUAAGACAGGUAAGCAACAGGCCUUCGGAACAGUCAUCACCACUUUAAAUCUGUUUUGAAAUAUAAUAAAUGGAUAGAGAUUUGAAAAUGCUGUGAUCCAAUGUCUGGUGGAAGACCUUACAAAUGUGUUUUAAAGCUAACUAAUACUUAUAGAGGCACAUAAUUAACCUUUAUUAAGCACUGUAGAGCACUUAUGUAAAAAGAUAUGUUGGGCUGAAAUGUGCAUGUCUUUUUAAUGAUGCAUACAUCAGUUUGGGGAAUUAACACAUUAUAAUGUUUCAUUGGGAAAACUCAUCAGUGCUGUAAAUCAUUGAAAAAUGUUUCAAUUUUGCUUCUCCUAUAUCUGAAGCAAAGCAAUAUUUGACUGCAAUAUUUUAAUGGUAACUGUCUGUUCUCAAAUAGUCAAUACAUCAGUGAGUAUCUGCCAAUAUGCCUGGAGAUUAUUGCUAAUCUAGGCUUCAGAUUUUAUUUUUCUGUUUAAAUCUAGUCAUAUAGAAGGAAGAUUUCUCCCUUAACAAUGAUAAAGAACAAUCUGGAGAUGCUGAAAUAAAAUAUGCAGCAUCUGGAAAGACAGAUCCAUGUUACAAGUGGAUGAUCUCCAUCUAUAUUAAUACAGGGCCUCCAAUCUAAACAUUCAUUUGUCUUUUUCUCAAUAGCUGAUUGUGUUGUGUUUGUGCUUUUUUGUCACAAGUGUAUAUUUACCUCAAUGGGAAGUUUUACAAACAGGCCAGAGUUCCUAGCAAUGCCAAAAACAACAUAGUAUAAAACCUCCUUUUUACACUUGUUAUCUACCUGAUUUUAUUUAACCAUAGGAAAGUUUGCAUCUGCUACAACCCAACUUAAGCAUUUUCUUUUUUUUAAAUGUACACAAAUAUUUCAGCAAUAUGUGCACUCCCUCUGUUUACUUGCCUGACAAAUUGUCUUGCAAUGUAUUUUCUCAAAAAUUCAUAAUCCCUUUAGUUCUGUCUUGGCAUACUGUAAUCUUCCCUAAUAUUAAUUAUGAAAGCUCUGCACAUUGGCUUUGCAGUAACCAAUGCAACUUGAUUUAAUAUUCAAAGAUUGAUUACUAAAAAUGGGAUGUGACAUGCAUAAUAUCAAAAUUCUGACAAAACCAUAGGCUAGAAAUCAAAUGUACUGUAAUGUGUAUUGAUGUAAUCCUCAUUACCAAGCUCAUUAACAGUAGUGCACAACUGUAUAUAGUAACAAAAAUAUUUGUACAUAAUCUAUUUAAAGUAUACAUUAAUGGCUUUCUGAUGAGAAAUUUGUUCAUGCACUAUUGUUAUCGUUCUCGCUGUGUCCGUAAGGUUUCUCCACCUAAAGACAAUCUGUUUCAAUUGUGUCUCUUUCUGUAAGAUAUAAUAAGUGUGGAAAUAAAAAUAUCAAAUUAACAAAUUAA